AGGAAGAAAAGUUAGGAGUGUAGAGGAGUGAGGAGUUCAUCUAACCCGCUCUCUCAAGAGUUUAUUAUUCACUACAGUCACAACACUAUGUCCGUGUCGGGCUCCCCCACCAGGCCCAUCACAGCGCUGGCCUGGACGUCCAGCAACUCCACCUGCCCUGCCGAUUUCACCAUGAUCGCUGCCACUGAGGAUGGAGGCGCUGCCAACUUCACCAGAGGGUUCGGCCUGAAGUCAGGGUAUCACCUGUGUUACAGUAAGGACGUAUCGGGUGGGAUGGUGGUCUCGGAUGUUCAGGUGAUCUCUGAGAGAGACGCCAUUCCUCAUGGCUACUGCUACAUCUCUGAGUUCAUGGAGCCCAAGGCUUCAGUGUGGAAGAAGAAGCGAGUGUGUGUGAGUCUCGUCCCUAUAGCCAGCGUAACCGCGGCCGUGCUGGACAUCAGAGUGACCACCAAGAGCAAGAACAUGCUGCAGCACUACACCUGUCUCGGGGACAUGCUGGGUUACGUUCUGUGGUGCAGGAAAGGCCCGUUCUCUUCCCCCACCCCGACAGCCAAACCUCGCAGCAUCAGCAUCGACAUGCGCUCACUGUCCCUGGAGGCGUCACAGCCGCUUCCCCUCAGACAGAGCAACCAGCCUGCUCCUUCAGCCCCGCCCAAGAUGAGCCGUCGCCGUAGCAACCUGGAUCAGAAGGAUUCCGCGGACAGCAUCUACGGCAUUACAGCGAUGGACGGAGUUCCCUUUGCGCUCCAUCCCAGAUUUGAGAGCCAGUCUAACGAGAAGGUCUGGACGUCUACGCUGGAUAACAUCCGGAUCAAAUCAUUUCAGGACAUCGAGAACGAGUACAACUACACGUUUCUAACUGAGGAACAAGCCGCCAGGAGAACCUGCCCAUAGGUGACGCCACGCUCCCAACGUCCGUCCACAAUCGGCGCCCGACUUUAAAUUCAAUGCAUGGUUUGGUUCCUCAAGUUAGGUAAAGCUAGAACGCUAAAUUAAGACUAAACCACAUGUGCCACCGUUACAGCUUCAAAUAAUCUUAAAUUCGGGACACUGCAAGUUCCCUUUUCUGCCUUUUAAAUGGAGCAGAUUUCAUUUCUGCCCCCAAAGCUGCCUAAAUACACCUUCAAGUCCACAACAGAGCAGAACAGCGCCCAUGUUUGUUCUGUGGCUCUGGUUCCUAAAUCAAAUCUCUCAUCCAUUUACUUCGGACCCCACAAUAAUCAAUCAAGAGUUCCAGAAAUCACUGCAAUCCCAAUACAGGUGAACGUAUUGUAUGAUCCAGAGAAAACACCAAAAAUGUCCAUAAACAUUCCGUUAUCAGACCUCAGACCAAGACUAUCGGACCUAAGAGAAAGUGUGAGCGCAAUCAUGAUACGUUCCAGAUAAUCAAACCAAAGAAUCUUUGCUUUGCAACAUGAUCAGUUUGUUUACAGCCUAGUUGACCAAAGUUUUUUUUAACGUAGUGCCUUAAUGAUGCUACACAGGACCAUUAAAUAUAGCAAAACACUAGAGUAUAUAUAUAUAUUUACAUAUGUCUAGAGAUAGUGUGGGGGGGUAUUCUGCUUUGCGCCUGGUGUUUCCUGGAGGAACCGGGCUGGGCGAUGCAAUGUUGACGUCUUUACUGGUGUGACAUGAAGAAAUUGGUUUUGUCACAUCUUUAAUGUUAGAACAUCUGAAUAACUGACGUGAAGAAAACUGAACAUUAUAAUAAAUAUAAUGACUAAAUAAAUAGUGCCAAUCGUGUUAAUGAAGUAUAAAUGAUUAAUUCCUCUAGUUUGGUGUACUGUACACUGUCUGAAUGUUUAGUGGUAACUUUUAUUUGGCAUUUCAGAUGUUAAUUUUGAAGCUUUACUUUUAUUUUUGUAUAAAUUAGCUUUAAUUUCAUUUUUAAUCAUCUGAAUUUGUGUGGAUGUAAUGUUUGAUGAAGGAUUUCUGUCUGAAUUGAAUGUACCCCGGGAUGUUUCAUUACUAAGGAGAGGUGAACUUGACUUUAUUAAUGUACAUGUUUAAUAAUAACCUGUAAUAAAAGUUAUACUAAUUUAAA